AUGCUGCCAGACGCUAAAGAACCGUGUCCGUUUGUAGAAGAUAGUUUCAGUCGCUUUCCGUCGCAGAGUAACAUCUACGGACUCUGCCAAGCGGGUGAACAGGAACUUCUUGCAGCAACCCUCAAAGGCAAAGUUGUCUGUUUCAAAUACCAAGAUCUCCAACAGAAAAUCCGACCCGUCGCCAAGGAGGUGCAGUUCACUUAUAUACCAGUGGAUGCCGAGAUUGUGUCAAUCGAUUCUUUCAUCAAGUCCCCUCCAAACAGAGGUCUUGUCGUCGGCAUCACGUUCAUUAAGGAUUCCGGUGAUAAAGCCACGCCAUUCCUCAACAUUUAUUGUGACUACGAACCAGGGUCGGAGUUUAACCUGGAAUCCAUCGCUCAAAGUUGUCUGAACCUGGAGCUGCAGUUUACUCCCUUUCAGCUUUAUCACACAGAAGCACAGUGUGGAGAUGACUGCAGUGAGACCGUGUUUCUACUCAGUGGACAUGACCAGCGUAUUCACCUUUACAAAGAGAAUGCCUCUCUGCACCAGUUUGAAGAGCAGCCAGUGGAGAGACUCUUUCCCGAACUUCACACAUUGCCUAGCAAUGUGCUGUGGCUGGAUGUGUUGAGUAUUCCUGGUAGUCGACGUCUCUCUGCGUUUGGCUGUCAGAAUGGUUGCGUGGGACUGGCCCAGGUCGACCAGAGAGGACCUGAGAUUCUGCAGAGCUGGCGAAUUCAGCAUGACAGCCCUGUCUCCACUGUACUCCUGUUUCCUCUCUUCCACCAACCAGAGCAGAGGGCUGACCAAGAAAUGACCAAUGACAGUAAGAGUCAGCAGAUAAAGGGGUAUAACCUCUUGGUGACCAGCACUAUUGAAAUAGCUGUGGUAUACAGCGAUGUGGAGCAGUGUGGGCUGAGUCGUGUGUUGUGCUUGUCGGAGAGUGACCAGUGUGACGCUGUGCUCUGUGCGCUGGCUGUAGACAUUGACUUUGAUGGACAGAAGGAAGUACUUCUAGGCACUUAUGGACAGGACCUACUAUGCUACAAGUUUCAGCCAAUCAGAGGGACAGAGGGCGAGUUUCAGUUGUUAUGGAGGCGGAGCUUCAAAAGCCCAUUGCUGUCAAUCAUUUACCUGGACCUGACAGGGGAUGGACUCAGAGAGUUGGCCAUUCUCACCUUGAAAGGACUACACAUAUUACAGCACAGCCUCACCAGCACUGCUAACCUUGUUAUUAAGCGCCUGGCCAGUAGGGUUGCUGCACUGCCUGCCGUUUCCCAGGUUCAGCCAAUCACAGAACAGGAUUCUGAAGAGAAUCCAGCCUCUGCCAAGGAGAAGACUUCCCUAGGAACAUAGAAAAUGGGACCACCAAGCAAUGGAAGACUGAUCCCAGCAUUCAGCUGUCAUUUCACCUUAGGACUGAUAUCAACUAAUCUUGUUCUGUUUUAGAUGCAGGUGUGGACUCUGUAAUCCUUGUUAAUGGACUGAGUUAUGUCUACCUGAGAAGGGGUAGAUUCACUGACAGUGCCUGCUUUUAGCAUAAGACAUUGAAAAGUGAUCAUCCAUAGAUGGGUAACUGGCUUUCCACACAGAUGUUAACCAGAGAAAACAGACACAGUAAAGGGAUGCAUUCUGAAAAUUGCCUUGGAACUCCUAACGUUGCACUUGGUUUCUAAAAGAAUACGUUCCCCAAAUGAACUUUCACCCAUCUCAGACAGACACUAGUGCUGCACUGUGGAAAAGCUUUGACUAUGCCUUCUGUUAGAACAUGACUUUACUUAUUUGAAAUGUCAUAACGUUUGAUGCAAAAUAUUCUGUUCAACAAGUGCCAUUUCAUAGCCCAAGUGCUUAGCUGUCUGCCUGAAAAUCAGCUUGCAUUUGGUGCCGAUAGAAA